UAUUUUAUAAACUAAUUGUAAAUCAUUUUCCUCCACAAGAAUAUUUUCAUUCAACCAGCUGGAUCUGAGUACUUCUAAUGGCCUGGAGUACUGCAGGACAAUAUGGCCAGCUGGAUCUUCUUACCAGUUGGGUUUCCAGAGGCCUUCUGGUCUCUCAUGUUUGGGGAUGGGAAUAGAAGAAAAAGCUUCCAGUUUUUUGCUUUAUUUUUACUCAUUAAAAUCUCAUGUAGAUGUGACCCUGUGCUUUAUGCAGUGCUUUAUGAUAUGGUGGGUAUUAAAGAAGGAUAUGAAAGAGUUUAUCUCAUGAGGAAUUGAUGAGCUUAAAUGGAAAUAUUUAUUUCAUUUGUGUAGAAUUUUUUUCAUUUCUCCAAGGGGUUCUGUAUCCUGAUAUUACACAGCAAUGAAGACUUGAAGUGGUCAGAAUAAAAAUGUAGGAAUAAAUUUCAUGUGUGCAUGAUGCUGUUAAAUUUAUGAGGAAGUGAGUGUGUCAGAGAGUAAGAGUUCCGAAGACCAAGUUAUAGAGUAAUACAUGGAGACAACAGAGUCGUAUGUAAACUUCUUAUGAAUUGAGUAAAGAUCCCCACUGCUGUUCAUCUCACUCAUCCUCUUAUAUAUGUAUUUGGGAUGUUUUAGGAUUCAGUGACCUUUCAGGAUGUGAGUGUGAAGUUCACCAUGGAGGAGUGGGCUCUGCUGGAUCCAUCCCAGAAGAAACUCUACAGAGAUGUGAUGAAGGAAACCUUCAGGAAUCUGGCCUCAAUAGGAGAAAAAUGGGAAGACCACAACAUUGAAGAUCAGCAUGAAAACCACGUGACAAAUCUAAGCAGUCAUAUGCUUGAGAGACUUGGUAAAAGUAAAGAAGGUAGUCAGGAUGGAGAAACCUACAGCCAGAUUCCAAAUCAUAAUCAGACAAAGAAAACUACUGGAAUAAAACUAUGUAAAUGCAGUUUGUGUGGACAAGUCUUCAUGGAUCGUUCAUCCUUUACUAGGCACCUGAGAUCUCACACUACACCCAAAUCAUAUGUUUAUCAGGAAUAUGAAGAGAAGCCAUAUAAGUGUAAGGAAUGUGGGAAAGCCUUCAAGUAUCGCCAAUCCAUUCGAAAGCAUGAAAGGAUUCACACUGGAGAGAAACCGUAUAGAUGUAAGCACUGUGGUAAAGCCCUCAGUUGUUUCAGUUACUGUCAAAUUCAUGAAAAAUCUCACACAGGAGAGAAACCAUAUGAAUGUAAGCAAUGUGGUAAAGCUUUCAGUUGUCCAACUUACUUUAGAAAACAUGAAAGAACUCAUACUGGAGAGAAACCAUAUGAAUGUAAGCAAUGUGGUAAAGCUUUCAGUUGUCCCAGAUCCUUUCGAAGUCAUGAAAGGGGACACAGGGGAGAAAAGCCUUAUGAAUGUACAAAAUGUGGUAAGGCCUUCAGUUGUCCAAAUUACUUUCAAAAACAUAAAAGAAUUCAUACUGGAGAGAAACCCCAUAAAUGUAAGCAAUGUGGUAAAGGCUUCAUUUGGCCAAGUUACGUUCGAAAACAUGAACUAAUUCAUAAUGGAGAGAAACCCUAUGAAUGUAUACAAUGUGGUAAAGCCUUUAGUUGUCGCAAAUCCUUUCAAAUUCAUGAGAGGAGACACAGUGGAGAAAAGCCCUAUGAAUGUAAGGAAUGUGGUAAAGCCCUCAGUUCUCUCACCAACCUUCAAAGACAUGUGAUGAAGCAUACUGGAGGUGGACCUUAUAAAUGUAAGGACUGUGGGAAAGUCUUCGAUUGUCCCAAUUACUUUCAACGUCAUGAAAGCACACACAGUGGAGAAAAGUCCUAUGAAUGUAAGGAAUGUGGUAAAGCCUUCAGUACUCCCAGGUCCCUUGAAAAUCAUGAAAGAAUUCAUACUAGGAAAAAACCUCAUAAAUGUAAAGAAUGUGGUAAAGCCUUCAGUUUUCCCUGUUCCCUUCAAAAACAUGAAAGAAGUCAUACUGGGGAAAAGCCCUAUGAAUGUAAGCAAUGUGGUAAAACCUUCGCUUAUCUCAGUUCCAUUCAAAAACAUGAAAGAACACAUAGUGGAGAGAAACCCUAUGAAUGUAAGGAAUGUGGGAAAGCCUUCAUUUAUCUUUCAAAUGUCCAAAGACACAUGAUAAAGCACACUGGAGAUGGACCUUAUAAAUGUAAGGAAUGUGGGAAAGCCUUUGAUUGUCCCAGUUCAUUACAAACACAUGAAAGAACUCACACUGGAGAGAAACCCUAUCAAUGUAAAAAUGUAGUAAAGCCUUCACUCGUGCCAGUUCUUUACGAAAUCAUGAAAGAACUCACACCUGAGAGAAAGUCUGUGAACAUAAGGAAUGGAGGAAAGCCUUCAUUUGUUGCACAACCUUUCAUGGACACAUAAGAAUGCACAAUGGGGAGAAAAUGUAUGAACGUAAAGAAUGUGGGAAAGCCUUCAGCUGUCCCAUUUCUUUGGGAAGCCAUGAAAAAACUCAUAGUGGAGAGAAUUCUCCUGAAUAUAAACAAUAUUGGAAACCUUUAACUUGCCCCACAAAACCAUGUGAGAAUGUGCACUGGAUACAUACUGUAUAACU